AGCUGCGGGAGGGGGAAGUCGAGAAGGGAGCGGAGGACUGAGGCAGCCGUUCCGGGGAGCCGCCCGAAGAGGUAGAAGUGGGGGGCCGAGUCCUCCGGCUGUUACUGGGUGGACCGAGCCUGCCUGUUUUCCUCCGGAGUCCGCUCCCUCCGCAUCCUGCUCCUCCCAUCAGCGCCCCGCUUUCCCGACAGCUUCCAGUUCCCCACCUCGCUCUCCUCGGCCCUGGACCCUGUCCCCCUGCUCGCCCCCCAACUUUGGAGCUCAGCCUCCGUUCCCCCUCCUUCCGUGCUUUGCCUCCUUUCUCUUCUGUACCCCGCACCGUGCUUCUCGUCGUCUACCUUCCGUAAACCCGAAUCCCCUAGGAGGUUCCCGUGCCUGCACCACCCCCGCACCCCAAAACAAAGACACCCCCCCAGACCUCACCACUACAAACACAGUCCACCAACACACAACGCCCACCAAAGCCACCGGCUGAGGGAGCCGAGGGCUCGCUUUGCCCCCGAGUCAUCCAGUGCCCGAAGCAAAGGUGCCUAUGUUGACUAGUUGAGACAGAUAUAAACAUGGCCUUCUACAGUUAUAAUACAGUCUUAGCUAUUGCCCGGACAAGAUUCCCUGGCCAUUUUGUCCAUUCUACCAGCUCUGCUUAUUCCCCAUCAUUUGCAUUUCUUCACUUGCCAGAUUCCCGUUUAAAUAAAAUGUAUAUGAAGAACUGCGGAAGCAAAAAAUACUCCUACCCUAGUCAGUCAGCCAGUAAAGUGCUUCGCUUACGAACUACAACGAUAGAAAAGCUGCAUACGUCAACUUGCUGGCUACAACAGUUCCCUGGCAAACCUCAGCUAGAGCAAACCACAAAAAAGCCACGGGUGACAAGCCCUCAGCCCACAAAAGAAACUGGCAUGAGGAUUGAGGAGGAAAAGCGAUCUUAUAGACAAAAAAUUAUGGAUGAACUUAAAUAUUAUUACAAUGGAUUCUACUUGCUUUGGAUUGACACCAAAGUUGCUGCCAGAAUGGUUUGGAGGCUGUUGCACGGACAGGUGCUGACCAGGAGAGAGAGACGAAGGCUAUUGAGAACUUGUGUUGAUUUCUUCCGCCUGGUUCCAUUUAUGGUGUUCAUAAUUGUACCCUUCAUGGAAUUCUUAUUACCAGUGUUUCUGAAACUCUUCCCAGAGAUGUUGCCAUCAACUUUUGAAAGUGAAUCCAAAAAGGAAGAAAAACAGAGGAAGAAAAUGGCUGCAAAGUUGGAACUAGCAAAAUUUCUUCAAGAAACAAUUACAGAAAUGGCAAGAAGGAACAGGGCCAAGUUAGGAGAUGCCUCCACACAGUUCUCGUUCUACGUCAAACAGGUCCAGACAGGACACAAGCCCAGCACAAAGGAGAUAGUUCGCUUUUCCAAACUAUUUGAGGAUCAGCUAACCCUGGAGCACCUGGAUCGACCUCAGCUGGUUGCCCUUUGCAAACUGCUAGAAUUGCAGUCCUUUGGAACCAACAAUUUACUCCGCUUUCAGCUCCUGAUGAAACUGAAGUCUAUAAAAGCAGAUGAUGAAAUAAUUGCCAAAGAAGGAGUGAGUGCUUUGAGUGUGUCAGAACUACAAGCUGCCUGUAGGGCCCGAGGGAUGAGGUCACUGGGUCUCACUGAGGAACAGCUGAGACAACAGCUCACAGAGUGGCAGGACCUCCACCUGAAGGAGAAUGUCCCUCCUUCUCUUUUGCUCCUGUCACGAACCUUCUACCUGAUAGAUGUGAAGCCGAAGCCAAUUGAGAUACCACUAAGUGGGGAGGCUCCAAAGAUGAGUGUUCCUGUGGAAUCACCUGCUUCGCCUGAAUCUAAAGAGAAUGUGGUAGACUUAGCACCUCAACUGAAGGGAACUAAGGAUGAAGAAGUUAUAAAACUACCACCAGUUACAUCAUCACCCAUCACACCAUCAACACCUGUUUCAUUACCUAAAGGAUCCAUCACUUCUGCUAAAGAAGCUACACUCCAGGCCAAAUCACAAAAGACAACCCAGAACAGCCAGGCUAGUUCAAAAGGAGCAUAAGGACUACUGGAGGAUGAAGCUCACUCUCUCCGGCUUCCUGCCCUCAGCAGUGGCAUCCGUGAAAGACCUCCCAGCUAAGACUGUCUGUGUCUGGUUUGAGAUAGAGGAUCAGCCAUUUAGUCCUUGAGGAGUCUUUUGAGGCCUCGCAGCCAUUCCAGAUGAUGUCAGCAGUGAGACCAAGUUCAGACCACUUAGGAAAAUAUAAUUGCAAAGUCCAUUUCCUCUGUACCAUUAUGUCAUCCCGCCAAAGUUUGUGUAAAGCCCACCCCCAUGCUGUUUUUAAACAGCUCCAUAUUUGUGUGCAUGUCCUUUAAAAGAGGAAAUUUUUUGCAUAAUGGAACCAGCUUGGCACCUUAGCUACCUAUGCCUCCUGUAGCUUGGUAACCCAAGUAAGAACUUGGAAACUCCAAAAACCAUUGUAAUAGCACCUACCCAACUUUUUCAGAGUGAUCCAUCAGUAAGAAUAGCACCCUGGAAACAGAGUACCUUAUGAGAUGGAAUGGAUAUAAUCCCCGGCAAGGUCUUUCUGGUAAAAAGAAGAAAAAGCUUCUUGGAGGAGAAAACGGGGAGUUAACCAGACUGGCAAUCGAAAGGGUUUGGCUGCUGCUUGGCUGUUGUGAGACAUCCCCCUCUUGGGCCUGCAGAGGCUGCAGGAAUCUGGGAGGCUGCCACUAUUCUAGCACACAUGGCUUUCAUUAGCCACCAUUUUGCUAGGAAACAUAAUUAAGGGUUUAAGACUUAACCAUUUGUUUGUGCUGGGUGUGUUUUUUUCUGGUCUGUUUGUCUUUCACAAACAAGACUAUUUGUUAGUCACAGGGGUUGUUAAAGUCUGGUAUAAUCCCUAUGCUAUCCAGUAACAAGUAUUAUGUUCAGAUAUUUAUGCUCAGUGUUUUCAGUAUUGUCAAUACUGAAAAAACAUAAUAAAUCGAUUGCCAUGCACCUGACCAACAGCUUUUUUUCCUUGGGGAGCGCUUAGAAGGGAAAAGGUAUUUCAGCCUGCGGGUGACAAAAUUAGAUUUCUUUACUUGCUGGGAAAUUGAAAGCAGUUAGAUGGGAGUCAAUUAAACCAAGUGAAACUCAAAUCUCCCUGUCUGGGGUCACCUAAAUGAGGAAUGCCAUCAGCACUUCACAGCAAGGAUGUGCACUUUAAAACGCUUCCUAACUCUCCUCUCCACCAGAGGACAAGCCUCACCAUGUCUUGUUAAAGAAUUCCAGUUCCUCGAGAAUGAUGAAUCCCUACUAUGCAGCAUUCCAUGGAUCUCGCCAUUGGCCUAGCAAGGUGAUUCACAAUAAAUUCUCCCAUUUUUAAAAUGAUGGGUGUUUAUUUUAAUGAGUUCACAUUUCAGAUGUUGAAUGUGGGAAAGAGAUUAGUUAGUUAGCUUGCUCAAUCCUGUUUGAGCUCAAUGAUUCAUAUGAGCUGUUGGGCUGCUCUACAGUUCUUUCUGGCACUGCCCUUGAGCAGAGUGAGAAUGGUCAGGUCAAGGAGCCUUGGUCGCUUUUGGCCCCAGCUGGCCUUCACCCCUUUUUGCUUCAUUAAUAGGUAUCUAAUACACUUGAUACACCUCUCUUCCCAUUCUUAUGAUACUAACUCAGAGAAGCCAAGGUUGUUUCUUUGUUCUUAUCACUUAGAGCCUUGGCUGUUGGGUUUCAUGGUUGUCAGAUGUAGCCCUGUGCUGAAACAGAGCUAGUGGUCUUCUGGUAAAUUAUUAACAAUCAACUCGGUGGGAGUGGGGUGGCCGAUUUGUAGCAUUUACAGAUUCUAGUGAUGUAAAUACUCCCACAUGGCUGAUUUCAAGCUACCAACAGGAGAUCACUUAACAACACAGAGUUGGGAAGAGAUGUACACAAUCAGCUCAAGAGCCAGCUCCAGCAGGCCACUGACCCGAGCCUUCCUGGAGUAACAAGAGAAUUUGUGUUUAUUAAAUGUAUCACUUCUAUGCGCCAAUACGAACAUCUGGGAGGCAGUGCAGUAUAAACGAUCCUGACUAUCGUUAGGUGCCAACCUAGAGAGAACUUGUUCCAGACUGAGUCUUCCUGAACAUCUGGGUUCUUGCUGACCUUCCCUCUCCCUGGCUCUUAUCAGCUGAGGGAGUGGGUCUAUGCCAGGUUGCUACAAAGCUUUCUCCUUUCCCUGCUCUCUGCUCUUCCCUACAGAUGCAUCAACCUUAGCUGUGCCAGUUGCUAAUAAUCUCAUUGAAUAUAAUUUUAGGCAUUUUCUAAAACCCAACCUCAGUGGGGAUGUCAGACUCGGCCUGUAUCUUAGACAUUGAGGAUCCUGCUACAGCACAGAGGUGUUGGUGGCACUUGACAUCUGUGGACCUGCACUUGUGCCAUGUCUAAUUCUGUACUUCAGUCAUUACAAGUCAUAUUGGUGGUAUUGAAUAAAUGCUCUGUGAUGCUAAAACCGAGGCUAAAGAUUUGAGUCACCACCAGUACACACCUGUAGGUAAGGUCAGACUAAUGGGGCUGUUAAGGUAGAUUGGCACAUUACCAAGUGUUGACUGAGACUUUGACCUGCUGGCUCCUCCCAGUGGUGGUUGAUAAACACAGCGACUUCACUGUCAUUGAGAUGGAUUUCUUGCUUCAUCUGAGGUUCAAUCUUACUUACCUGAGAUCAAUAUAUUACAUUAGCUGUGCCAAGGGAGUGAUGGUCCCCAGCCUAUGCCAAUUAGAAAAGGCAGAAAGACAGUAUUGAUUAAUGCUAUGGUGAUCCCAGGCCCCAAUCUUUUAACCCUCAGGAAACCAGACAGAUCCAGUGCCUUGACAGCAUGACGUCUUCAUUAGAUAAACUGGAUUCUUUUCCUCAGGAGACCCAGUCUGGUCAUUGAAGUAAAAUGCCCAUUUCAUUUUCUCUCAGGUCAAUUUCACUAUCUUUUAUUUGACAGCCAGCUCAGUCUCUGGGGAAAUUCGUGGAUGAUUUGAGUACUAACAGCAAGGACAUCACUGUUAUAAUAAUAGUGCCUUCUAUUUCUCCAGCACCUCUUCUGAAGGCCUAUAAAGCCCGUUACAGAUCCUCUCUCCAUUCAGACAACACUGCUUCAAGGGCAGGCCAAGGCAGAAAUUAUCAUCACGAUUUUAUAAGGAAAGACACCACUAUAAGGUCUCAGAGCAAAUGGUUUUAAGAGCUAAAAUUCAUUACCUGGCUCUGUUGACCAAAUCAUGCCUUCUUUAAACAUAAACACAAACUGUAAUAUGUUGACAGUUGCAUAUUUACAGAGAGACACAAGGAUAAGUGAGAACUUUACAAUAGUGGCCAACACCGCAGCGGCCAAAAAUAGCUAGCUCAGAAAGGAAACUUAAAGCAGCAAUCCCAUCUUCCCUACAGAAAUGAAAGCACAUUGAACUUUCUUUUGUAUUCGAAAAUAACCCAGCAGAAACUAAGCUUUCGGUACGGAGGACAAGUCCUGGUCGCCUGAGCACUUAAGGUUCUGAGGAGCCAGGACCCGCCUGGUGAGCACAGUGAUAACCAGCAGGUGGCAGAGGAAGUAACUUUCCAAGCAGCAGAAAAACAAACAUUCAGAGAAUUUUUUUCCCUUUCCUGAGGGACAGGGUGGAAGAACUCUAGGAGGCCAAGAUCUGUGAUGGUCCCAACACAUGCAGUCUGGUCACACGGAUAAAGAAAGAAUGGCGUGGGGAGGAUCAGAGUAGGUUGGGAAACAUGAAGGGACCUGAAUGUGAACGGAGUCUGAGGUGACAAGUUUCCCUCAUGUGGAAGCACAGGCAAAACCACCCACACAGAGGGGGUAGGCGCAUAUCUGGGUUUGAGUUUGUAGAAAACUCCUUAGCUUUCCUCUUAAUCACUAACUCUAC